AUGAUGAUGAUGAUGAUGGAGCAUCAAAAGCAGCCACUACUACACGCCCGUGACCUUGAGCGUGACCACCUUGGCCUUGUCGUCACUACUGCUCAUGACCAGGUCCUCCAGGAGAACCGGGUCGACCCGAGUCUCUCGGAUCCAAUCGGGUUGACCCGAGACCUGCUCACUACCGUUACUCACAGGAAGAAGAGGUUGCCCAGGCAGAGGCGUAGCUCCUCCACUCUCGUCAACCUUCAUUUCCUCUUUCCCAACCCUGGCUCCUACUCCUCUUCACACGUGCCGCAAUCCUCUCUUCCAUCCACACGUGGAAUUGAUCCAGGGAGAUUGAGAUUCCUCUUCCAGAAAGAGCUCAAAAACAGUGACGUUAGCUCUCUCAGAAGAAUGAUACUCCCUAAGAAAGCAGCUGAGGCUCACCUUCCAGUUCUGGAAUCCAAAGAGGGAAUGGUCAUUAAUAUGGAUGACUUGGAUGGCCUGCAUGUAUGGAGCUUCAAAUACAGGUUUUGGCCUAAUAACAACAGCAGAAUGUAUGUACUCGAAAACACUGGGGAAUUCACUAACACACAUGGAUUAAGACUUGGAGACUUUAUCAUGGUUUAUCAAGAUACUGAAAACCAGAAUUAUGUGAUUCAGGCUCAAAAAAAGACAAGUACUGAGCAAGAACGACAUCAAGAUCAAGAUCAAGAUCUCUCGUCAUCAAGUUUCGAAGAAGAUUAUUACUUGAGCAACAAUAUAAGAUCUUUACUACACAUGGGAGAAAGUGAUGAUCAACAAACAAACAUGUCCUUCAUCUACGACACUACCAACUUCUCAAACGAGUCUCUGCUUGACUUUUUGGGUGGUUCUUCCAUGACCCAUAACUACUCAUCAAAAUCAUCAUCAUAUGGAUCAGGACCCUUUGGGAGUUUUGGCUCAGUGGACAACUUAUCUCUUGACGACUAUUACUGAUCAUCAUCGUCGAAAUAUAUGAUGAUCAGUUUGACUUCUUUUGUUUUUUUCUUUUUUGGGAUGCACUCUAGCUUCGAUGAUGAUCUGUGAGAUGUAUUUUGGUUCAUGUGUCCAAGACUAGACACAUGUAUAUAUAAUAUGUAAUAAUAAAGAGUGGUAACUUAAGUUAACAACACUACUUUUUUGUUGUUGUUGUGAAAUUGUCUUAUCAAAAUGUAUAUCUUAUUUCACUAAACUUGCACAAACGCGCGUAUCCCUUUUCCACAAUUGUAUCAUCACCAAAUUUAUUA